UUUAUGCGCGCCAUACAAGUUUUUAUAAUAAAAAAGUAAGAUAUAAAAUUUUAUUUUUCUAUUUUUUUGUAGAUUACAAGGUAAAUGCGUAAAUAUGCUUUUCAAAAAUCUAAGGUUUAUAAACCACAUUUACUGUUAGUAAGAAAAUUCUACUUGUUCGCGGAAGAUCAUUUGUUUUUUGUGGCUAACUCAUCACUCCCCAAUUUUUAAUGAAAAAGGUAACAAUUAUGAAUGCCUAUGUCAAAAUGUUAAACUUACUUUUUUUCUUGAUGACUUUCUUGUUGUUAAUAAACAACUUUGAUAAAAACGUACCUUUGUCCAUUGACAAUAAAGUUAUGCAUCAUCAAGUGGGUUUCUCAACACAGAAAAUAAUUUUUGGACAUACUAAUCACUUUCUUUCAUUCUAUAAUCUUGAAAACAUAUCAAACGUCGACGACUUGGUGUCAAAGGUCUUUUGCUAUACAACAAAUGCUCUGCUUGUUUUUCCACUUUUAACAAACUUCAUUAGUUCGGGAAUAAGUAUCGGCAGUGAAUUUUCUGAAGAUUUUCUUCGACAAAGUACAAGUCGUUUAGUUAUUAAAGAAUCAUUGAAUCUUGCAAUUCCAAUUUUUCAGGGAAUUAUUACAACAGAAAUUAUCACGAAAAUAUCGAAACUUAUUAUAAAACCAGUUAUGGCAAAAGUAAAUUUUUCUCCAGAAGAUCGAAGAAAUCUCAAAUAUAAAUUCUUUCAGCAUAGAUAUUACUUAAUAAAAAAUUAUCUUUCUAGAAGUUGUAAUGAAACUACAGCAAUGUCCAUUUUAAAACAUUUUAGCUUUAUUUCACUUAAUCGUAUGACGCAUUUUGCGAUUAAAUUCAAUAAAAAUAAAUACACUCCUGAAGAAUACUAUGAUCAAUGGCUAAAUAAUCCAAUGUUGUAUGAAAAAUUAAGAUUUGAUUCGUACUUGGAAAUUGGAAUAAAUAGGAGUGAAGCAAUUAAACGUAUUGAAAAUAUUUAUACCUUAAAAGAAAUGAAGUUAAUUUGUCCCCCAGAAUCUGCAUUUGAUGACUAUGUGGCUAAUGAUCUAACUGACACCAUCUUCUUUCAUGAUUAUUAUGUGAUAAAAGCUUUUUUGUAUUUUCCUUAUAUUAGCACAGAUCUAGAUGAACCUGAUGUUUGGAGAUUAAAAAAGGCUAUGUAUAGUUUAGCAAUAAGACAGAACGAUGCAUUUAAAUACGAAGAAAGGAAGCAAAUAAUAUUGUAUUGCGUUAAAUCAAAAAUCUUUCAGAAAAUCAUUAAACGAACAUAUACAACCAUAUCACAUAAUGCAUUUCUUUAUUGCAAUGAAGACAGUAAAGCAUGGAAUGAUUAUUAUAAAGACUCAUCUGAAAUAGAUAACUUUCAAGAGCCCACCUCUUAUUUACUUUAUUUUAAAAUAAUAAUUAAAAAACCAUUUUUAUUCAUUGAUGUGAAUAGCAUUGAUGCAAAUUCCAAGCAUUAUAUAAUUCUUCCUAAAACUGAGUUCAUAUUAAUUGAGGAAAAAUUUAAUUUGAUUGAUGAAAUUAAAGUACAUUUGUUUAUUAUGAAGACAAAAGUCAAACAACAAGAAAGCCAAUGGCUGUCUAAAGUAGCCAAUGAAGUUUCCUAUUAUGACGAUAAAAUUAAUGGUGAAAUUAUGUCUCAGCCUUUUAAACUAUUGUAUUGCUGAUAUUAAAUAUAAUAAAGAGCACGUAAUAUUACUGUAAUAUUAAAAUGUCCGCCUCAUGGUAAUAUUACUGUAAUAUAACAGUAAUAUUAUUCUUUUGCCUAAA